CUAUGGUCCAGUCCUUUGCUUUGAGUGACAACCUUUUGGUCCCCACUCAUUGUACCUCAAACAGUACUCAAUCUUGCCCACUCCACUCAGUUCGUUCAAUCCCAUUAAACCGAGCCAGCGCUAUGCGCGCUGGAGCUUCCCAGAGUGGGCUGCAGUAGCGCGAACAGGGAUCAUCUUGGGUCACUAGCGAGGCUCAACGUGCUACAGUUAUUGGCCCCACGCCGCGCACCUCGCGUGGGUGGUCAUGGCCAGUUCUGGUCUUUUGCGCCUUUUUCACUCAUGGAAAGUGAAGGUGCUCCGAAUGAGGGGAACGGUCCCGAGACCCGAACGAUGGAUCAGACUAUAUCUCACCUUCGAUCUCCUGAGCCUCGCCCUUAAAUCCUUCCGGGCACCGGCAUGAAACAUCGUUCAACGGUCCAGGGAUUCCGCUGAAGCGACCAUGGGGAAGUUCCACGCCCGUCUCUACAAGACCGACCGUGCGCGGGACUUCGAUCACGAACAGGAUCGAUAUGUCCGCAUGCGCCAGAUCUACGAGACUAUCGACCGGCAAGGCUAUCAGUGGAUUGUCGUGCUGGUCGCUGGUCUCGGCUUCUUCCUCGAUGGUUAUACACUCUUUGCCAGUAACAUGGCUCUGCCCAUGAUUUCCUACGUCUAUUGGAGGGACGAAACCUCGUCGAUAAAAGUAACUUGCAUCAACAUCGCAACUUUGGCCGGUACGCUAUUCGGUAUGGUGAUCUUUGGAUUUUUGGCAGACAAGAAUGGGCGAAAGAAGAUGUACGGUGUGGAGCUGGUUCUAUUGAUUACGUCCACGCUGGGUGUGGUCAUGUCGUCGACUGGUGAGAAUGGCAGUAUGAAUAUCUACGCCUGGCUGAUCUGGUGGAGAAUCUGUGUCGGAAUUGGCGUCGGUGCAGACUACCCAUUGUCUGCCGUGAUCACCUCCGAAUUCGCUCCGACUAAACAUCGAGCCCGUAUGAUGGCUAGCGUCUUCUUCAUGCAGCCGCUGGGACAGAUUGCCGGAAACUUGGUGUCACUAAUUGUCAUUGCGAUUGCUCGUAGUAAGGGGUCUGAUGACCUUACACGUACUGUUGACAUUAUGUGGCGCUGGGUCCUUGGUAUCGGCGUCGUGCCAGGUGCUAUUGCGACUCUCUUCCGAUUUGCCAUUCCUGAGAGUCCGCGUUAUCUCGUUGAGAUUGAAGAUGACCCUGUCACCGCUCAGUUUGACGCGACCACGCUAUUCAACGACCAGCCCUCGAGCCCUGCUUUUGACCAAGCCAGCUUUGCGACUGGAACUGGCAGUGCUAUCCAAUUACCACCCAUGUCAUCCCUUGCCAGUGACUCCAUUGACGAGGACGAGGAGUGGAGUCGUCUGCCGCCCGCGACACUCAACUCUCACUGGCGCCUUGCACGGACAGAUAUCAUCCGAUACUUCUGGACCGAAGGUAACUGGCGCAGCUUGGCUGGUACCUCUCUUGCCUGGCUACUUCUGGACUUUGGGUAUUACGGAAUUGGUCUCUCCAGCCCGCAGUUUUUGGCUAAAACAUGGGGCGCCCUACACCUUCAAGGCGCAUCACCUAUUUGGGAGACCGAUAGCCGACCCGGUGCCACUGUCUACAACCAACUCUUUGACACCUCUGUCCGUGGUCUCGUCAUUUUGAAUAUUGGCAGCUUUGUCGGAGGUCUCCUUUUCAUUCUCUUUUCGCACCGCAUUGACCGUGUCGCCCUUCAAAAAUACAUGUUCCUGGCUCUGGCAGCUCUGUUUAUUGCUCUGGGCAGCAUGUUCAUCAACCAAUAUACCGGUCCACCUGCCGUUGUCACUUUGUACAUCCUCGGCCAAAUCGUUUUCAACUUCGGCCCCAACGCAACUACUUACAUGAUCCCUGCCGAAAUCUUUCCUACCCGUUACCGCGGCACUUGCCACGGAAUCAGCGCUGGCUCCGGCAAACUCGGCUCUAUUCUCGUGCAAAUAUUCUCAACUUACUACCGCUUCGGCGGCGGAGAUGCCACUUCAACGCGCCGUCACGGUAUCAUCCUUUUCGUUUUCAGUGCCUGCAUGAUCAUCGGCGCAGCAGUCACCCACCUCUGGAUUCCGCCCUUGCAACAAAAGAAGGGCUCGAACCUGAUCUGGGGCGGCAAACCCUACACCCUCGAAACAUUAGCUCUCGGCCGCAUGGGCCGCAAGAGUCGCGAAAAUAAUUUGCGAAAGAGGGCGUCCCGACAACGUGCGAUGUCAUUCAGUGGCUAAACCUUUGGCCUCUUUCCUUCAUUCUUAUUAUACCUUUUUUUUCUUUAUUUAUAUUUACCUCCCUCUGAUUUAUAGACGGUGUUUCUCCGGAUUCAGGGCUUGACAUCUUUCUUGGUUUGGAAUGGUGUGAAAUUGGUGCUGACUAUGUUUCCAUUUGAGUGGGCUGGACUGGACUGGGCUACGCGAAGACUCGGAUAUAUCAUCUUUGGCUGGAAAUGCUUGAAUAGAUACCCCUUUUUUACCUUAACUGAACUAGUUUCGCGAUAUCAAGAUAGAGUAAUUGAGUGCAAUCUGCACCCAGAUCAUGUCUUGUAAGCAAUCCCUGGUCCAGCGGGGCCUUGAUAACUCACUUCAAA